AUGCAGAGCAAGAUCCUCGCUGAGUUUGCCCGGGAGUUGCGACUCUCUGUGGCCCAGCUGGACUAUUCGCGGAGCUUCAUAGCCCUCGGAGGCCACUCUCUCGCCGCACUUCGACUGGUAGCAGCGUGCAGGCGAUUAGGAUACUCUCUGACCGUGGGUGAGCUCUUGGACAACCGGCCUCUUCUUGAUGUCCUAUCCCGACUUCCCCUGAGUCCGCCAUCCAGUCACGAGGAAGGUCAAGAUGUAGUCCGCCGCACAAGUUACGACAUUCUCAAGGAUUCCGUCGUCAAUAUCACUAUCAAUGAUAUUGCACCAUCUUCACCAUCUGAUGAAGAUCUCCCAUCUCCGACGGUAGACACGGAAAUAAUCACAGCCGCUUCCAGUGUGCCCUGUGUGCCAAUCCCAGAAAUGCAGCUCUCCCUUAUUCGGAGCAGCUACGCCAAACCCGGCCACAACAUCCUGGCGUAUCAGCAGAUGUGCAAUGCGGCCGAGCUGCCACCACUGCGCGCCGCCUGGCAACAUGUGAUCGAAGCAGAGGAAAUCUUUGCCAAAUCCUUUGCGAUCGAAGAUGGAAGAGGGUAUCUUACGGACUCUAAUGCGAACUCUAUCAAGUGGACAGAUAUUCUCGUCCACGACCAGGCCACGUUUACCGCCGAGAUUAUGGCAAAGCCUCGCUUCAACGAUGUUGACUUUGAGUUCAGAACGAUCACAUGGGCCGAGGAGCAGAAGGCCUGUCUCCUGUGGCAUGUUCAUCACGCAUAUGUGGACGGCUUCUCCAUGACACUCCUCCUAGACAAGGUUACGCGCUGUAUAGCUGGACUACCUCUACAGCGGGGGCCUUCCUAUGCGAGCGUGGUACGCGAAAGGAACUUGCUGAUUGAGCAGCGAGAAGAGGAAGCUAGGGCCUACUGGCGCUCGCAGAAGGAUGCCCUCGAUACCGCCACCAGCGAGCUGCAGCUGUGCAGCAGUCACGACUUGGGGGAAGCCGACACGUUCUGGAAUGGGUUGGCCACAUUUGCGGUCAAUAUUCCAUCCACUAAGCUCGACCAAUACGCACACCAGCAUCAUGUUACCACCGCCUCGAUCUACUACGCUGCCUGGGCCUUGGUCCUGUCAACUGUUUGUGAUUCAGAUCACAUCAUCUUCGGCGCAGUCAUGUCUGGCAGAUCAUUGCCGGUGGCCGGAAUCCUCGAGGUCGUGGGGAGCCUAGUGAAUACUCUACCCAUGGCCAUCUCAGUGGAUGCGAACGAAAAUACUAGCUCGUUUGUCUGGAGAGUCUUUCAGCAGCUCGUUGCCCUGACGGCCUUUGACUGGAGCGAGUCCGAGCAUGGGUGCUUGCGCCAGUUUUCCUCGGUCCUGGCCUUGCAGUUCAAUACUUCUACAACAACGAUUUCAGCUCCUCAGAUCCGGUCUAUGCCCUCAUCUAGGAUGAACAGCGAGAUCCCGCUCAGCGUCACCAUUGAAACCGACGGUACAAUCCAUAUUCAGUACUCGCGCAAGUACGAUAAAAGACAUAUCGAGAAAAUCGGCAGCUAUUUUACCAGCACCAUUGAGUCACUCACAAAAGACGACUACUCCGUUGGUAUGUGUCUGGAUGGGAUGCUAUCAAUACCUGACAAACAGACCUUGUUCCAAUACGGGAACUGUCUUUCGGGUCUCACAACACGGACUUCAAUACAUGACGAUCUGGUCAGUCUCAUGAAACGUGCCGCUCGCCAAAAUCCGACAGUGUGUGCAGUCACGUUGGGAGAAAGCAUGAUGACAUAUCGCGAACUCGACCAAAAGAGCAACUGCGUGGCGGCACAUCUCGGCAUGUAUGUCCAGCAUGGUGAUAUUGUCUGCGUACACGCAGAACAGUCUCUAAACUGGAUCAUUGCCAUAUACGGAAUUCUUAAAGCUGGCGCGGUGUAUUGUCCGCUCAAUUCGAAGCUUGAUCCGGACCUACGAUCGUCCAUGUUCGAUGCUUCGACUGCAGACAUAUAUCUGACUGCCUCUACAGGCGAAACAAGGUGGCGUCCAAAGCGAAGCAGAUAUUGCUGGGCUGUUGAGGACCUUCUCCAGCGAGAACUCUUCGAAGACGAAGAAUCCGGAUCUCCCCACAAUCUCUGCCCAGAGGCAAAUGCAUAUCUGUGCUUCACUUCGGGAUCCAGCGGCAAACCCAAGGGAGUUCUCUGUACACACCAGGGACUAGUUGCCUUUCAGCGAGACCGAGAGGUGCGGUUGCUUGCACAGCCUGGCAUCAAGGUAGGCCAGAUCAUGUCUGUUUCAUUUGAUGGGAGCAUUCAUGAGAUCUUCUCUGCUUUGAGCUACGGAGCGACACUGGUUCUGCCCUCUCCAAAAGACCCAUUUGCACACCUGCACGAGGUCGAUACGUGCAUUCUAACUCCAUCGCUGGCGGCGACCUUGGAUGCGGCCGACUAUCCCAAUCUGCGAGCAGCCUACCUCGUCGGUGAGCAGGUCUCGCAAGUAGUCAACGACCAUUGGAGCGCAAGAACCGCGGUAUACAACAUGUACGGCCCGACAGAGGCCACUUGCGGAGCCACCAUCAAACGAUUGGUCCCAGGAGAAAAAGUCACCAUUGGAUGUCCGAAUCCUACGAGCCGCAUCUACAUUCUAGACCGACAGCGCCGUCUCGCACCGCCUGGACUGGUGGGCCAGAUUUAUCUUGCUGGGGUGCAGGUGUCGAACGGAUAUCUCGGUCAGCCACAGCUAACAGCGGAGCGCUUCUUUGCGGAUUGCGUGUGUCGUGGGCUUGGAGAGCAGAUGUAUGCAACGGGCGACAUGGGUUACUGGACUGGAACUGGAGAACUCGUUUGCCUUGGCCGCAAUGAUCGGCAGGUCAAGCUGCGGGGAUUCCGCUUGGAUCUGGAUGACCUGGAAGCGCGCAUCUCAAACCUGCCUGGCAUCACUGGAGCUGCCGUGACUCGGUACGAGGACGACCUUAUUGCCAUGGUCCAGCCACGCAACCUCUCUCUGGGGGACUGCAAGAGGCGCAUGGCAAGUGUGUUGCCUAUCCACGCUGUUCCACGCUAUUGUAUCACAGUCGAUCAAUUCCCAAUCACUGCCGCAGGAAAGCUAGACUACAAGGCAAUUGUGAAGAGUGUACAGGAGGGCGGCCUACACGAACCCCCGCGAGAGAUGAGUGCCACGGAACAACAGGUUGCGCAGGUCUGGUCUGAUAUCCUGGGGACAAAGGCAACUGAGAUUACUGUCGACUCCAGUUUCAUCGGGCUCGGCGGCAACUCAUUGCUCCAGCUUAGAUUGGCCAGUCGCCUGUCCAAAGCCUUUGCCUGUUCUGUUCCACUUACCCUGGUCAUUGGUGCACAGACCCUUUACGACUUGUCUGCCAAAAUAGACGAGCUGUGUACUUGUCAGGCCCAGCAGGCGGUUUACUCACUUACGCCAACACAAGAGGACAGAGUGUCCCGCAUGGAGGCUGAAUGGAGCGCAAAAUAUACAUGUGACAGCACGACAACGGCUUUCAACGUCUCCUUUUUGUGUCGGUUAAGUCCUUCGAUUGACAGGCAUCGGUUAGCAGACAGUUGGAAUACAGUCCUACGCCACCAUUCUGUCCUCAGAUCCCGUUAUCGACCCGCGGGCAUUCGGUUCAAACGGAUAUAUUCUGAAGGUGCCCCCGUUGCUCAGAGUGUUACUGCAUGUGACGUCUUCAGCGAAAUCAACCGGCCGUUUAUCAUCAGCGAAGACGACCUUCUUCGGGUUACUAUCACCCCUGAAACUCUGGUCGUGACCGCGAGUCACAUCGUGUGUGAUCUGACAGCCAUGCAAACUCUGCUAAGCCAGGUCAGAGAGGUCUACCAGGGUGGAUCGAUCCAGUCAUCGCCCCCGGAAUAUAUGGCAGCAGACGCAUGGAAAAGGGUUGCCUCAUUGACGGAUCUCUCCUUUUGGGCAACAUAUUUGCAGGAUGCGCCUCGUCCAACGAGGAGAAGAGCCAGUUAUGCGGGCUCAUCGCGCGUCGUCAUGCUUCCAAGCGACACCGCACAAACACUCGACAACUUUUGCCAGACUUCGCCGUUCAGUCAUCACCAGCUCGCCCUCGCAGCCGUUGCAUUGGCCCUUCAGUCUCAAAGCAAUAAGAUCGACCUCGUGCUCGGUGGACCCUUUCUCAACCGCUGGUCCGAAGCCGACAUGCACACCGUCGGUCUGUUUCUCGAGCCAAUUCCCUUCCGUAUUCGUUUCCACCCAGAGAACACAUCUGAUGAGACUUGUGACGCCGAAGCAUUUCUCCAGUCCGUUCGAUGCUCCAGUCAAACAGCUCUCACCCACGCUAUCCCCUGGCAGCAGCUCCUCUGCCAUUUGGGUAUCACGCCCGAUUUCCCUAAUCACCCGCUAUUCGAGGUGAUGGUGACCUUCCAUACCCGAGAACAUGCAUUGCGAUUUGGCCUUGAGGGUGCCGAAGAGCUAUAUACCUGGGCGCAAGGGGCAAAGUUUGGGCUUAUGUGCGAGUUUACGGCGCUACCGAAUGAGGAGAUAUUGCUCCGGCUAGAAUACGAUGACUCUAUUUGGUGCGAGGAGGAGAUUGCGCGGGUUGAAACCGCAAUCAUUCGCGGCUUAGAAAUGCUGGUGCGCAACGCCCGGUACGACGAUAUGGUCACUACGUUACGCACCGCGGAGCCGGAUUCUACGUUGAGGCGAAAGGAUAUGUUCUUGUUACCGCUUCGUAAAGCAUAA